UCUAAUCAUUCUUUUUCCAGCGAAGAAGCAACUGGAGGUUGGCUUUGCCAUGGUGAUGCCUUGGUGUUCUCAGGUGAACAAAGCAAAGCACAGCCGACGAACAGGCCGCCAUGACGCCGGAGUCAACGAAGAAGAGCGGAACUGGACAUGUAAGUGUCGGCUCUGCCAUGAAAGUGUCUGUGUGUUUGCCGAGUGGCCGGAGCUGCCUUCUUGCUCUGCCGGACGCGCAAGCUACCGUCCGCGAAGUGGCGGUCGACGCGCAGCUCCAGCUGAAGCGCGGCCUGCUGAAGCUGACGUUUGGAGGGCGGCUGCUGGAUCCCUCGUCUUCUCUGGGUGAGGUGGGUGUGCGAGACGGGGACAUCCUUGAGGCGAUCGUUGUUGCGCCAGUCGCGCCCGUGAAGAUCGCUGCCAGCGGCAAAGCAUUUGCCAUCUCUGCUCGCGGCUGUGUGAAAACUUGGGGAGGCGACGGCUGGGGCGGAGACAGCAGCCAGGUGCAAGAGCAGUUGAUGGGGGUCCAGCAGAUCCAAGCCAGUCACGCUGCUUUUGCUGCCAUCCUGGAAGACGGCUCGGUGGUGACCUGGGGCGAUCAUGAUGAUGGUGGUGACAGCCGCCAGGUGCAAGAUCAAUUGCAGCGGGUCCGGCAGAUCCAAGCAGCCGGAAAUGCUUUUGCUGCCAUUCUGGAAGAUGGCUCUGUGGUGACUUGGGGGAAGCGUGACUGGGGAGGUGACAGCGAUCAGGUGCGAAGGCACUUGGUGCGGGUGCAGCAGAUCCAAGCAACGCAUCAUGCUUUUGCAGCCAUCCUGGAAGACGGCUCUGUGGUGACUUGGGGCGAUCCUGACAGUGGCAGCGACAGCAGCGAGGUGCGAGGAGCAGUUGGUGCGCGUGCAGCAGAUCCAAGCAAGUCAGGCUGCUUUUGCUGCCAUCCGGGAGGAUGGCUCUGUUGUGACUUGGGGCAUGCCUCAUGUUGGUGGUGACAGCAGCAAGGUGCGAAAGCGGUUGGUGCGGGUCCAGAAGAUCCAAGCAACCAGAUAUGCUUUUGCAGCCAUCCUGGAGGACGGCUCUGUGGUGCCUUGGGGCUAUGAGGACUCGGGCGGCUUUGCCAGCCGCCCGGUCAAGGACCAGUUGGUGGGGGUGCAGCAUAUUCAAGCGUCUUGGCAUGCUUUUGCCGCCAUCGGUGCGCACAGCGCUGUGGUGACUUGGGGCGAAGCUGAGAGUGGCGGCGACAGCAGCCAGCUGCGAGCUGCGAGCUGAUUGGUCCUGAUUUCCACCGCCCGAGUUUUUUCGGACGUCCAGCAUUUUGGCAAUACCAGCUGCCCUGCCUCGCCCUGCCUUGCCAUCUGAUUGCCAUCUGAUUGCCAUCUGAUUGCCAUCUGAUUGCCAUCUGAUUGCCAUCUGAUGGCCAAAGUCGAUUCUGCACAUUUCGACCCUGGGCGCUUUCAAUUGGCGAACGUUGAUAUGGCCAUGGGUCAGAAUCCCGUACCCCUCACUAAACAUCCCAAUCCACACUGAAAUCGACUAAAAUGGGUGGGCAAGUUUUCUACCCACUUGGGUAGAGGUAGAUCCGCUGCCAGGAGCUUCCAAACCGCGAAGCGGGGUUUGGGGUGUGUCGGAGCAGUGUCGCGUCUGAUAUUGCUCACUCCCUGAGCUCAUGGAAACCA